GAACGGACUCCGCAGCGACAUCUUUGUGUCUGCGCAUGCGCUGGCUGACAUAUGUCGUCCUCAUUUCCGACGGCGAAUUCUUCAGAGUUUUCUCAGGCUGCUCGUUCUGUCUCUACCGCUGUUGCUGUAGUCCUUGAUUUCUAAUUCGCAUUCCAAUUGCUUCCCUCCAUCUGCGUGCUUUGCCCUCGUCUUCACUCCACUCUCUUCAACCCCUCUCCUCCGCCCUCCACCCAUUCAAGUCGGGCCGAAUAGCGAUAGAACUCUGUCCUUUGACCUUGAAAUGUCUCGACGGGCCCCUCGAGGCGAAGGUCCAUCGUCUGGCGAGGUACCUCGCUAUGACGGCCCGACUAUUCCCGCUAGCCGUGGGCAGUCGCCAACGCGCGAUGAGACUUCGCGUGCUCCGUCCUUGGUGGAAGAACAGGCGCCGCAGGCGCAGCAGACGCGUGGACCGAUCAAGCGUCGUUUCCCCAAGAAGCAGCAUCCCCAGAAAACGGUGGACGACUUCUGGUCUGCCUUCACCUCGAAAACGCCCGGCAAGGCGUAUUCGAUCCUACCGGACAACUACUAUGCGAAACACGCCGCGACGCAUGCGCCCAAGGGCGUCAAGAACGCCCUCGCCAGCUACGACGAGGCAAAGGCGAAUUGCGAGGCCAAGGUGGCCAAAAUCGUCAAGGAAUGCAGACGGACGAAUCAGAAGUACACGGACCCGCACUUCAAUAUUGAGGCGGACUUCAGGAGAUGGCACACGGAGAGACCGUUCGCAGACUGCCUGAUGGGACUGCUUGACACAAAGACGGAUCUGCGCCCGCAGAGCGUCAAGAGGGUUGAAGACAUCUUUGAGAAUCCACAGUUUUUCAUCGAGGGUGCCACGGCCAACGACGUGCGGCAGGGAAAAGAAGGCGACUGUUGGUUCAUGAGCGCGCUGUGUACGCUCAGCAACAAGGACAGCCUCAUACAGUCCAUCUGCGUCGCCCGCGACGAGCAGGUCGGUGUGUAUGGCUUUGUAUUCCAUCGCGACGGCGAGUGGAUUUCUGAAGUGAUUGACGACAAGCUCUACCUGAUCAAGGAGGACUUUAACGAUGCAACGCUCGAAAGGAACAAGUGGCUCGAGCUGCAGAAUCGCACCAGCCCGGAGGAAGAGUACAGAGCGGUGAUGCAGACGGGGUCGCGGGCUCUGUACUUUGCGCAGUGCAGUGACCCCAAUGAGACGUGGCUACCGCUGCUGGAGAAGGCAUACGCGAAGGCGCACGGCGACUACUCUGCUCUCGAAAGCGGAUUUGUCGGCGAGGCGAUUGAGGACCUUACCGGCGGCGUCACCACUGAAAUAUUCUCGACGGACAUCCUGGACAAGGAUAAAUUCUGGAGAGAGGAGCUCAUGCAGGUGAACAAGACCUUCUUGUUCGGCUGCGGCCAGAUGGGCGGCAAGCACGGAAUGCGCAACGGCAUCCUCGAGAAGCACGCCUACUCUAUCCUUGAAGCGCGCGAAGUCAACGGUGAGCGGCUUCUGAAGCUCCGCAACCCGUGGGGCAACACGGAAUGGAGGGGCGCGUGGAGCGACGGUAGUGCAGAAUGGACCCCAGAGUGGAUGCAGGCCCUCAACCACAAGUUCGGCGACGAUGGCGUCUUCUGGAUUAGCUACAAGGACCUUCUCCGCAACUAUCAGCACAUCGACAGAACUCGGCUGUUUAACAGCUCGUGGCAGGUCAUCUCGUCAUGGACGAGCGUCGAGGUCCCGUGGUCGGUCGACUACCUCGACACGCGCUUCGACUUCACACUUGCAAAGAAGGGUGAAGUUGUAAUUGUGCUCCAACAGCUCGAUGACCGCUAUUUCCGUGGCUUGGAAGGCCAGUACGACUUUCACCUGCAAUUCCGUCUGCACAAGGAAGACGAGGAGGAGUACAUUGUCCGGUCGAACCCGGCAUAUUACAUGAAACGCAGCGUCAGCACGGAAUUGGAGCUCGAGGCUGGAAAGUACACGGUACUCAUCAAGAUCACGGCUAAGCGUUAUCCGUCCGAUCCAACCGUGGAGGAGGUCGUUGCCGCCACGUGCCAGACGCGACGUGAAAAGCUUCUCAACAUCGGUCUCAGCUACGAUCUCGCGCACGCAAAGGGCGACUUCCGCGAAAUCGAGCAUGCCAACAAAGAGCUUGAGCAGAAAGAAAGGCGGGCGAAGAGGCGCGAGACCGCCAAGAAGAUGCACGCCGCUCGCGUUCUGCAGCACAAGAAGCAAAAGUUCCGCGCCAUGAAGAUGAACCUGAAGAAGGAGGCGAAAGCGAUUGCCAAGAUGCAGAGACAGGCUGACGAGCAGGCCAAGCAAGAAGCACUGGAGAAAGGCGUGGAGGGUAUGAAGUUCACGUCCGAGCCAGAGUCCAUCCCCGAUGGCCUCGGAAUCAAUGCGGGGGCAGCUAUGGGUAACGGUGCCGUACAACCAGUACGGAGACAGGACUCUUUUGACAACGCGCACGGUGGAACCCUGCCACCGUCGUUGAUCACCAACCCAGCUCCGAACGGAGUCAGGCCAAGACGAGACACCAGACCGGCUUCUUUGUCGAUCUCGUCGAGAUCAGGUCCGCCCUCGCUCAACUCUACACCUCGUCGCGACACGCUCGAACCUCGUCCAGUCUCUUUACAUGCCUCUAGCUACGGUACGCCGGGCAUACAAGUGCACCGUCCUUCGAAGCCCGAUGGCAAGCUCACGCUGAGCGACAUCAGCGACGACGAUCUCAGCUGGGACUCGGAACUGGAUGAGCCCGACGACAGCGACUUGGACAAUCUUGAUCCGUGCCAUGGCGGCGUCUACGGCCAAGGGCAGCCAGCCGCGAACCCACCCGCAGACGAAGAGGACUACGCCAAGGACCCAUGGAACGCCGUGUGCGUCGUCGGUCUCCGCAUCUACACCCGCGACUCCGGCGUCACGAUCAACGUCGUCCGGACGGACAAGAAAAACCGCCCGAUGGAACAAGCGGACUUCUUCAGGAGGGGACUCGAUGUUGACGACGCGAGCAAGGACACGAGCAGGGAGCCCGUGAGCCCAAUCAGCCCUUCGCGAGGAGCCCAAGGCAUGAUGAGUUUGGCGCAAGCGAUGAGUGGAACGGCCGGCUCGGGUGGAUCGAGUCCAUUGGAUGGGCCUGGCUGGAGGCCACCGCGGGUUCUCAGUCCGAGACUGAACGGGCUAUGAAAGCUGGACGUGCGCUCUACGUUUUCGUCCUGCUGCACUGUUUUUUGUUUUCUUUUUUCUUUCUUUUUUUUUGACCGCCGCUUUUUCUGCGCAUACCAUGGUGUACAAAAGUGAUACCCUUUUCGUGCAGUAUUUUCUCUCUCCCUCCCUUCGUUUUCUGGUCGGCUCGAGGGGACACGGGAAUCUCGAUUGGGGGGUGUGCUCGGUAGUCGCUUGUAUAAUCUAAAUCCAAGCUCUACGUACUCCUUUCUAUUUUUACUGCACGCACUUCUCUUGCUCGUGCAGCGCGCUGAGCGGUUAUGCUUGCCGCAGUGCAAUUAUUACUUUCAUGCUUGCCCUUUCACAGUAAUUAGCUUUCGAUAGUCUUGAAUCUGUCCGCCAUUUUCC